ACCGCAAUAUAGUUCACACGUUAUUUUAUUUUCACGUCAAAUUCUAAAUUAUAACGAAAAUAUUGUCUAGGCCUACUCGUAGAUCUGAUCUGGCUGACGUAAAUUGAGAAGGAGAAGAUGAAAGUUGUAGCAUUAGUCAGCGGAGGGAAGGACAGCUGCUUCAACAUGAUGCAGUGUGUCGCUGAAGGUCAUGACCUGGUCGCCCUAGCUAACCUCUAUCCACAGGAAGUUGACGAGUUGGACAGUUACAUGUUCCAGACGGUUGGUCACCAUGCCAUUGACCUCUACUCCCAGGCCAUGGCUUUGCCCCUGUACAGGGCAGCCAUCAAGGGCGGGUCCAGGGAACAGGGGCGCGACUACCAACCCACUGAAGGGGACGAGGUGGAGGACCUCUUUUUGCUCCUCAAGAAAAUCAAGGAUGAAAUGCAGGUCGAGGGAGUCUCUGUGGGAGCCAUUCUAUCAAAUUAUCAGCGAGUGAGAGUGGAAAAUGUUUGUGGGCGGCUUGGUCUCAUCUCACUAGCCUAUCUUUGGAGACGAGAUCAGUCUGAACUACUCCAGGAGAUGAUACACGCCAACGUCCAUGCCAUCCUCAUCAAAGUAGCUGCAUUGGGUCUUAAAGAGAAGCAUCUUGGGAAGACAAUUGCAGAAAUACGACCAUACAUGGAAACCAUGAAAACCAAAUAUCACCUGAAUGUGUGUGGGGAAGGUGGAGAAUAUGAAACAUUCACCCUGGACUGCCCCCUCUUUGUCAAGAAGAUAGUCAUUGAUUCCUACGAUGUGGUAAAAGAUGAUGACGAUGAUGUGGCACCAGUUUUCUACAUCCACUUUGGGAAGAUGCAUCUCGCUGAUAAAGAUACGGGGUUGGAAGCAAAGACUUUUGCCGAGAGAAUACAGGACCUGAAGAUGAAAAGAGGAAGGAGCCUGCAUAGAGAAUUAAUGAUCAAAGAUCUGACACCAUCUCCCUCAAGUAGCACCAGAAAUGAUCGUCCAGACAUCCUAUGUCCUGCAGUUGACAAUCAGAAGGGCCGUUUGUCGCCCUCUUGCCAGUGCAGUAACCAGGGUUUUGCCUGGGUAUAUGGAGUAAGAGCAACCUGCAAGGCGGAGUAUAGCACCUCCUCUAUCCUACUAAGCACUCAGGUUGCUAUGGAGACACUCAAUGAACAACUCAAGAGCAAUGGCUAUUCCCUGAAGGACGCUGUUCUCAUACACCUUUAUGUGAGGAACAUGUCAGAUUUUGCAUCCGUCAACUCUGUCUACUGCCAGUACUUCAAACUCAAUCCACCAGCACGUGUAUGUGUCCAGGCCGACUUGCCAGAAGGCACGGCCCUGCAGCUGGACUGUCUAGCCCAUCACACCCCCACCCCAGGGGCUGAGGAGGGAGGGGGUGACAUAGAUAGGGACCCCGCCCAUUACAGGACGACCAUGCACGUCCAGGGCCUCUCACAUUGGGCACCUGCUAAUGUGGGACCUUACAGCCAAGCAGUACAGAUUGGCAGCCUUGUAUUCUGCGCUGGAUCAAUAGCCCUCUGCCCUAGCAACAUGACCAUCAUAGAGGGUGGUAUCAAUGCCGAGUCCAGACUCUCGCUGCGUAGCGUGGCCAGGAUUCUAGCUGCAAUGCAUCCUGGGAUGGGACUGAACCACGUUGUCAUGGCAACAUGUUAUGUCACCAAGCCGGGGUUAGAGGUCACUGCAAGGAGACAAUGGGACCAAGCACUUAGAGAAGAAAAGCAACAGUUGGAAGAUUUGGUUUCCAACGAGUAUCCCAGCAUUCCUUGCCUGAUGAACUACGUGGUUGUUCCCAGCUUACCCAAGGGAGGGUGUGUGGAGUGGCAUGUGGUAGCCGACACAAAUAGACGGUCAUGGCAAUAUGAGAAGACCGAUUCGAUUGGAGAUGGUGUUUCCGUGGAGAUAGAGACGGCAUGGUGUAAACAGUCGGGAGCAAUGGCCAUCAUGGCUACAGUAGACCCCUCAGCCACUACCAAAGAGCUUCAUCUUCAGACUGUAGUUCAGAGACUGUGCUCAUCCGUUGCUGGAGCCUUGAAGGACCACAGCAAGGAAACCAGUGAUGUCCUGUCCUACAAGGUCUUCCAUAGCCAGACUUUGAUUCCACAGAUGCAGCUCAAUGCAGCACUUCAGAGAGAGCUACAAGUCAUCCAUGAGGGUGUGGUGCGAUUCAGUAGUAUACCAGUGACAUCCCUACCCCCACCCAGCCUCCUUAGUGCCUGCAUAUGGGUACAGGGUGUUCCAUCAAUGGAGGAGGAGGAGGAUUUGUUAUGAUUCUUGAUGGUUCAGCACGUUUUACUAGUAUACCAGUGUCCUCUUUACCCCAAUCUACCC